UUUCUAACCACGUUCUCUGCGACCAUUGUAUUUAUUAUGAAACUCUAUGGAUACGAGGUAACAUUUAUUAUGAAAAAUAUAUAUUCUGCUAAUUUUGGGCAGUCUUCGAUAACAAAACAAAACAAACACUGAUCUAUGAGUAUGACAAGUGACAGAACUCUUAAUUCCUAGGUUCUGGGAAUGGGAAGAAAAGAACGCUUUUGACAUUCCAAAGGGAUUAUUUUGUUCCAUUUCCCAGGUACGUCAAACAAUUGUUACGGAGUAGGACCAAGUACAAAGUAGUACAAAGUACACCCUGUAACAAUUGAGGAAUGAAGCCCCGAUAUGUGUGCAUCUGAUGGUUAAAUGUUCAGGUGAUAUUAAGAUGUCAUACUUCAUUUGAAGAAUACCUGUCAUUUGUUGGCUGACGCAACAUUAAAAAUAAGGUGUUGAACGAAGUCACAAUUAUUACACAACCUAGAACUAUAGUAGCAAACACGAGCAAGUUUCAGAGUACUAUUUUCAAUACAAUAAUAGGUAGUUUCAUAUCGCAGCACAUAUUUUUUAGUUUAGACUUGAAAAGCAAUAAGUGGUUGUUAUUGCGAAUUGUUCCGUUAUCUGCCAUUAUUUCGCCAAUACAUUCAUGAUUGCUUCAUACUUCUUUAAGCAUAAAUCAAAUAUACGUAUUGUCCUACCACAUUUGUCGUGCGGCUCUCACGUUUCAGGUGAACAAUGUUUGUAAAACUUUUAUGUUGUCUGGCAUUCCCACUGAGCUCAGCACUCUAUUACGUUCCACAAGGAAGCAUAUGUGCUCCAAGAGUCUUAUACAAGUACAAAAAUGGUGAAAUCUCAGGAGAGAUCAAACUUCCAUAUGAGAAUGAGCGAGCUGUUAUAUUAGCAAUUACACUAGUGUUUGCUCAACGUGUUCCAAACCCAAAAGUGAACAUAUCAAUGAAGAGGUCUGGAGCGCAGAUCUUGCGCGACGGAUUGCUAUACAAGUUGAAGUUCGAUAAUCAAGAAGUAAUUCCAGAAAUCAUACGGAUUGUCGAGAAUGACCAAGUAAUAUGUGAAGGACGUCCAGAACCACCACUAGAAGUCGGUCCCUAUGAAGUUGGAUCAAUUCCCGUAACAAUAAUUCAUAGAUCACGCUUCCAUACGGGAGGAAGAAGCCGCCAGCUGUAUGUGGAUGAUGAACCAGACGAGAUUCAGGUGCAAGAAGAUUGGCCAGACAUUGAUCUACCUGCAUUGAUGUAUGGCGAAUAGUUUGAAGAAAAAUAAUUUUUUUAUUCAUCUGUAUUAGUCUGAAAUUGCCUACUUGAUAAGAAAGGCGCAUAUAAAAAGAAUAUUGCAUUUUAGUUUUGUGCCUUGAAAGAAUCCAAUAUACUGAAAUUACACAUAACACCUUUAUUUCUCAUUUUAUGAGUACCAGUUAACAACAUUUUUGUUCAGAACGAAUUGCGUAAAGUAGGGUGAAUCAGUGCUUCCAACGCAAUUCUGUUGUCUAUUAACGUCUAUAACUAUAAUACAGAAUAUCAAUCGAA